AUGGCGGACGCGAUGGCGCCGGCUGCGCCGCUGGUCGCCACACUGGCGGCGUCGCCGGAGGAGACGCAGGAAGCCCGGCUUUAUCACCGGGAUUGCGCCAUUUGCUUUCAACCCAUGCACGAGUCCUGCGAGCUGCAGAAGCUCUCCUGCGGACACAGGUUCCACCACGCUUGCGUCUCGGAGUGGCUGCUUCGUAAGUCCUCCUGCCCGCUAUGCAAGCAAGAAAGCCCUGGCGCGGAGCCUGGGAAGGAGCCUUUCCGCAUCGACAUGGGACACCAGGAGAUGGCCCAGUUUGUGAAUGAGCUAGAAGACAUCUUCCAGGCCAUUCAUGCUGGCGUCCGGGAAGACUACGCUGUGGCCUUGCCGGCCAUCACGUACAACCUCUGCGUGAGCUUGGGCUACGAGGAUGAGGACGAGCUGGAAGAGGCCCUGGGCGGUCCUCUGGCAGAGUUUCUGGAGGCGUUGCCCCAUUUCGAGGUGCAGAGACCUGCCGAGGAUGCCGAGGAGAAGGACUCAGAGAUCCGCGUCCUCAUGCGACCGGUCCCCAAAGAGGAGGAUCUCCGGCCGGGCAUGGGCCAGUCCCUCACCUUCACAGCCUCGGAGCGCGACGACUUGUGGCGGGUUGUGCUGCUGGGACCGCGAGCACAGGUGGAGAUCCCGGAGAUCGAGUUUCUUUUUCAGCCGAGGAGCCGGCGAUGUGUUGACACGGUUUACAACGUGAUCGCAUCGGCCGUCUUCAACCUGGGUGAUCAUGUACAGAAGAACCGCCGCAUGGGUGGCGCUGUGAGCGAGGAGGAGCUGGCCCGGAUCUGCGAGAAGAUCGACCAGCUCAACACCCUGCUGGACAUGGAGCAGCCUUUCACCUUCCGGGUGCAGGACAAGCAAGGCCUCUCGGAGUUCAAGCCCUCCAAUGGUGUCGUGGUCUUGCCCGUGGCUGAUGACGCCCCACCGCUGGGUGAAGACUACGACUAG